UUGGGAGGAGGGAGUCGCUGCUGCUGUUGUGGGCCCCGCGGGACGGAGGAGGGCGUGAAUGGCAAAAAAAGUUCUGCGGAGCGUGUGACCCGGGAGCGUGGGCGCCUCUCCGCAGGCAGCUUCCCUCUACUGUACUUGGAAGGUUCCUUAUGCUGAUAUGGUAACUUCAGAGUGGCAGUCAUCACAAGUGAAUAAAGGAACAAACCCCUCUGCCAUCUUGGGAAGUGAGAAGUGUUACCCACAUUCAUGACUAUGGAAUUCUGUGUUCCUUUGUGACAAUAGCUAUAUGGGUGCUGUAUCCUGUUCCAAAACAUCCUGAUUAGAGGGUAGCCGGAACAGCCUGAUAGGGGCCCAUUUCCAGAGAGACGUGGAUGAUGCCAGAACUAUGACAGGGGCUGCAGUCUUGGCAUUGAAGGGAGGUGAUCAGUUAUGGAACAGUCAAAGGAGGAAGUACCUGAAGUCAGGGAAGAAGAGGAGGAAAAGGAAGAGACAGUGAUGGCAGUAAGUGGAACCUCAGAGCCAAAUGAAGGUCUUGGUAAUUCGGCACCAUCUGCCAAGUGUACAGAUAUUUCCCAGAGUUCUUCUCCUUCUCUGUUGGACCAACUCCAGAUGGGCUGUGAUGAGGCAAAUUCAGGAAGUCUAAAUGUGGAAUGCAGAGUUUGUGGUGACAAGGCAUCAGGGUUUCAUUAUGGGGUACAUGCAUGUGAAGGCUGUAAGGGAUUCUUUCGUCGAACGAUCCGCAUGAAGCUAGAGUAUGAAAAAUGUGAGCGGAACUGUAAAAUUCAGAAAAAGAACCGAAACAAGUGCCAGUACUGCCGCUUUCAGAAAUGCCUUUCACUAGGCAUGUCACACAAUGCCAUUCGUUUUGGCCGCAUGCCAGAAGCUGAAAAAAGGAAGUUAGUGGCAGGACUGACAGCUACUGAAAUCAGCUGCCAGAACCAGCAGGUGGCUGAUCUGAAAGUCUUUUCCAAGCACAUCUACAAUGCCUACCUGAAAAAUUUCAACAUGACCAAAAAGAAAGCACGAGGCAUCUUAACUGGAAAAGCCAGUAGCACUCCUCCUUUUGUGAUUCAUGACAUGGAUACCCUGUGGCAAGCUGAAAAGGGUCUGGUGUGGAAACAACUGAUAAAUGGGAUGCCACCAUACAAGGAGAUUGGAGUUCAUGUUUUUUACCGCUGCCAGUGUACAUCAGUCGAGACCGUGCGGGAACUCACUGUAUUUGCCAAGAGCAUUCCUAGCUUCAUCAGCCUUUAUCUUAAUGAUCAAGUAACUCUCUUGAAAUAUGGGGUACACGAGGCCAUCUUUGCUAUGCUUGCCUCCAUCAUGAACAAGGAUGGACUUCUGGUGGCCAAUGGCAAUGCUUUUGUGACACGCGAAUUCUUGCGCAGCUUGCGCAAGCCCUUCAGCGAAAUCAUGGAGCCCAAAUUUGAAUUUGCUGUGAAGUUCAAUGCCCUGGAGUUAGAUGACAGUGACUUGUCUCUGUUUGUAGCUGCCAUCAUCUUGUGUGGAGACCGCCCUGGCCUAAUGAAUGUUAAACAAGUAGAGGCGAUACAGGACAAUAUUCUCCAAGCUCUUGAGUUCCAUCUACAAGCUAAUCACCCAGACAUUCAAUACCUCUUUCCUAAGUUGCUGCAAAAAAUGGCUGACUUGAGACAGUUAGUGACUGAGCAUGCACAAUUGGUGCAGAAGAUCAAAAAGACUGAGACAGAGACUUCUCUGCACCCUCUCUUACAGGAAAUCUACAAGGACAUGUACUGAGGAGCUUUUAUUUAUCAGAUAGGUGAAAGCCAUGGAAUCCAGCAAAUGCUUGUAUAUUAGCAAAGAAAUCCCUGCGUCUUCCAUUUCUUUACUAGAAUUACUUUUACUAGAUGAUUGAUCUAUGCUGCAUAUGGUGGCUUAUAGUAGAAAAUUGGAAAUUUACCACUGGGUAUAGACCAGAGGGCUUCCAUUAACAUACACUAAAUGAAACUAACAUACACUAAAUGAAACUUGUUGCUACAGUUCAACUCUUAGCAUUAUUCCAGAGCUGCUAUGGUAUUUAUAUACACUCUGUACUUGAAUUGUUAUAUUAGAUAACAUGAAUUGUGCCCAAUUCAGGCAAGCAGUACCUUCAAUUGGCAGGUACAGAAAUAGCACUUCAUCACAAUCCUGUUACAUGUUAUUUUUAUAUUUCAAAAAUUUUGGCUGGCCCUAAGUAUAAAUUAUGGGAUAUUACAAGGAAAUUAUGUGAAUAUAUAAAUUUCCCAAAGAAAUAGUGUUGCCUGAAGAGUACGAACACUCCUUUUAGAAAUUCUUUUAUUGGAAAGGCCUUUAGUUUUCAACCUCAGUGCACAAAAAUAGAUAAUGUGUUCUGGCUGAAAGGGUUGUCUUCCACAUGGGUUUUUACAUGCCUCUGCUUAUUCUAUACUGCAGAUUGUUGAAGCUCUUCAUGAAUUAGUUCAAGGCUCUUCAACCUUGGCAAGUUUAAGACAUGGACUUCAACUCCCAGAAUUCCUGAGCUAACAUGAUUGGAGGAGGAAUUCUGGGAGUUGAAGUCCACAAGUCUUAAAGCUGUCAAGUUUGAAGACCCCUGAUUUACUAUAAUGCUUGCUUAUUUACAUAGAAAAGUGGGCUUUCCUCUCUCUCUCUGUUCAGGUACUCACCUGAGAAAAAAAGAAUCAUUCUGAUCACUUGAGUACUUCACUUUUGGGGAGGGGAGAAUACAGUGUAAGAAAGAUUUUAAAAGGCAGCAGUCAGAUUCUUGUGAAAUCGGGGUGAUUUAUGGAUGGUAAAUAGUGAAUAGUAUUUUAUUUUUUGAUCUGUGGUGCAACCUCUUAUCAUGUCCUUUCCAAGGGGAGGAUUCUUACUAAUUGCACUUGUGUCUUUCCCGCAAGCACAAACACAUUAUACCCUUUCAUAAUCAGUAAUUAGGAAUACAGGUAGUCCUUGAUUUACAACCACAAUUGGGACCAGGAUUUCUAUUACUAAGCAAGGCAGUUGUUCAGUGAGUUGUGCCUGAUUUUACAACUUUUUGCCACAAUUAAGUCAGUCAUUACAGUCAAUAAGUGAAUCAGGCAGUCAUUAAGUGAAUCUGGCUUCCCUCAUUGAGUUUCCUUGUUGGAAGCUGGCUGGGAAGGUUGUAAAUGGCUGUCACAUGACCCUGGAACAAUGCCACUGUUGUAAAUGCAUGCCAGUUGCCAAGCCCCUAGAUUUUAAUCAUGUGAACAUGAGGAUGCUGUAACCGUCAUAACUGCAAGGCCUGGUCAUAAGUUAUUUCUUCAGUGCUAUUGUAAAUUCAAACACUCACUGAAGGAAUGGUUGUACGUCAAGGACAACUUAAUUGUGUUAUGGUAAGUAUUCUGUGUUCAGAAAACAUUUAACAAUUAUUUCUCAAUGGGUCUUAUAAAAGAUUAACGACAAUUUAAUAUUUCUCAAGCAUUUCAAUUGGGUUACAAUACAAUUUUGGCUCCUUUUUCUUUCAUGAUUGUUCCUGCUUUAUUCCAUAGGUGUGCCAGAUAACUCUUGCUAAUAUAAUUCAUCAGCAUAUUUCUUCUUUACUAUAGAAGAUUCUUUGGGUGUGAGGAUUUUAUUGUCACAUUGAUGUGCCAGUGAUAUGGAAUCAUUAUGCCUACACCAAGUAAUGUGAAUUUUGUUGGAUUUCUUUCUUUGGUAACUUCCAAUGUGUCCUGACUGAGUGCAGAAUAGAUCAACAUGUUGGUUAAAUGUGGCAUUAAGAGCACUGUCAUGUAAUUGUGGUAAUGUUUUUCUUGCUACAUUGUUAAAUGGAUUCUUAACUUUCAGAGAAGAAAAACUAUUAUAAAAACAACCAUGAAUACCAAAAAUAGUAUAUAUACACACGUACAGUAUACAGCACAGAAUUUUAGAUGAUGCAAAAAUUGCUUAAAUUGGCUGGUUGUCCUGACAUUUUAGCUCAAAUCAUGUAGAUUUUCUGCUUGUUCUGCAUAAUACUUUAGAUUUUCAUUUCUGGAUUUGGAUAUAGAAAUUUACAAAGAACUUUCAGUCUUAAUUCAUGAUACUAAUAAGUAACAAUAUUUUCAAACUAACUUUUUUUAAAAGUGCCACCAUUCUUUGGGGGAAGGGGCAAAUGAAGCAGUGUUUAGCAAGAGCUUUACAUGGAGGAAGCUUCCAAACAGGGGCGUCAAACUCAUGGCAUCACAUUGUCAUCACGUGAUGUAUCACAACUUUUUCCCCCUUCACUUAACCGGGGGUGGGCGUAGCCAGUGUGUGACACAUCCAGCCCUUGGGCUGCGAGUUUGACACUUGAGUUAAAAAGAGCCAUGAGACAAGUGAUAAACCUAUGCCACUGCCUUGGUGCCACUGCCAGCUUCUGUUUAAAGGUAGGACUUGGAAAGAGAGACAUCUGAUAUCCUGGAGUACUACUGAUAAUCACUGUAUACAGUACUGAGAUAGGCAACUGUCUGUUUUGCCUCAUUAGUUUGAUUAUUUAGCUAUCCUAGCCAAUUAAUAUUCCAUUAUGACUCAUAAUAUAUCGUUUGGUCGAUCCAGAGGUUGGGUAUCUUUUUUAUUUUAAUAAACAAAUGCUUUUUUUUAAAAAAAAGAUCUUGAAA